CUCGUCUAGGUGUUCCUGCUCCAGCAGGGGGAUUGGACUAGAUGAUCUUUUGAGAUCCCUUCCAAUCCCUAACAUUCUGUGAUUCUGUGAUUCUGUGACCUGGAAAGACGGGUCGUAAUUAAAAGAAUAAGACCUUUUCUCCAGCCACCUCAGCUGAAACAAGACCAUCAAUUUCUCAAAGCUCAUGAAAGUCCUGCAGAAAUAAAUCUGAGGCAUUUACCCUCCUGACAAGCUUCAGAGCCCACAGAACUUGCGUUCAUGCUGGAGCCUUUUCUGCCCUUGAUGUCAUGUGCAAAACACGAGGAUUUGUGCUGUGCUAAUCCUGCUAAUGAGGGUUUCUCCCACCCUCUAUAUAAACCUUGCUCAAAGCCGUGGCUGCUGAGCAGGCACCGCAGAGCCAAAGCUCCUGUCUUUUGAACCUCAUUCAAGGCAAUUAGAGACCGAGACUAAAUAAACACCCGAUACCAGCAUCCUCAGUGGUGAGAGAGAUUAUCCCCCUUGGCUGGGGCACAGAGCUGCGGUGCAGCCGGGUUGUCUCACGGCGGAGAUCUCCCUGCUCCCCUCACUCAGGCCAGCUGUCAUGGGCGCCCUGAGGUGGCUCUUCUGGGCUGGGCUGGGCUAUCUGAGCUGCUGCUGUCUCCCCUGGGCGCAGGCCCAGUUCCCCCGUGCCUGCAUGACGGUGGAUGCCCUUCGCUUGAAGCGCUGCUGCCCAGCCUUGGGGACAGAGCCCGGCAACAUCUGUGGGUCCCUGCAGGGCAGGGGACAGUGUCAGGGGGUGCAGGUGGACACUCAGCCCUGGAGUGGCCCCUAUACACUUCGAAAUGUGGAUGACCGGGAACGAUGGCCCCUCAAGUUCUUCAACCAGAGCUGUUGGUGCACAGGAAACUUUGCUGGCUAUAACUGUGGUGACUGCAAGUUUGGCUGGACUGGCCCCAACUGCAACGUGAGGAAGCCACCAGUUGUCAGGAAGGAUGUCCACUCCUUGACAGCAGAGGAAAGAGAGCAGUUCUUCGAUGCUCUAGACCGUGCAAAGACAACCGUGCACCCAGACUAUGUAAUUGCAACUCAGCACUGGUUAAGUCUGCUUGGCCCCACUGGAGACGAACCACAAAUUGCCAACUGUAGUAUCUAUAACCACUUCGUUUGGCUUCAUUACUACUCAGUCAGAGACACGCUAUUAGGACCUGGCCGCCCCUUCACAGGUAUUGAUUUCUCCCAUCAAGGACCGGCCUUUGUUACUUGGCACAGGUAUCAUUUGCUGUUGCUGGAGAGAGACCUGCAGCGGCUGAUCGGCAAUGACUCCUUCGCGCUGCCCUACUGGAACUUCGCCACAGGUAGAAAUGAGUGUGACGUCUGCACGGAUCAGCUCUUCGGAGCAUCGCGACCGGAUGACCCAGAGCUGAUCAGCCUGAGCUCCAGGUUCUCCCGCUGGCAAAUAGUUUGUAACAGUUUGGAUGACUACAACCGCCUGGUCACGCUGUGCAAUGGGAGUGAUGAAGGGCCGCUGCGGCGGAGGCCGGCCGGGGCAUCCAGCGAGCAUCUGCCCACCGCAGAGGACGUCAGGAGGUGCCUUUCCCUGCAGGAGUUCGACAGCCCCCCCUUUUUCCGCAAUUCCAGUUUCAGUUUCAGGAAUGCGCUGGAGGGCUUUGAUAAACCAGGUGGAGCCCUUAACUCGCCGAUGAUGAGCCUUCAUAAUUUGGUUCACUCUUUCCUGAAUGGGACCAGUGUUCUACCCCAUGCAGCUGCCAAUGAUCCCAUCUUUGUGGUUCUUCACUCCUUUACUGAUGCCAUCUUUGAUGAGUGGAUGAAGAGGUUUAACCCCCCUGACAAUGCCUGGCCUGAGGAGCUGGCCCCCAUCGGUCACAACAGAUUGUAUAACAUGGUCCCUUUUUUCCCUCCUGUCACCAACGACGAGCUCUUCCAAACUGCGGAGCAGCUCGGCUACACCUAUGCCAUUGACUUACCAGGUUCACUUGAAGAAACCCAAGCCUGGGCUGUCAUGGUUGGAACCACAACUGGAGGAGCAUUUAUAGCUCUGGCUACACUUGUUCUGCUGCUUGUACUUUUCCUGCACCGAAGGCAGAGAAGAGGUUUUGAACCACUGAUGAAUGUGAGCUUCAACCCCAAAAAGUACACAGAAGAGGCCUAAUGCCCUUGCUUUGUUUCUUUGCUCAUUCUUGUAGGAAGUGGCCUUGAUUGCCUUAUUGAGAUCUUAGCUGAGGAUUUAUCGCACACUCCUUUGGCAGCUGACUACAUUGUUCUCACUCAGGUUUUCCCAUUAUCUAGUGAAUUGUUAAUAUGUGAAGUCUCUGGGUACAUAUGUGCAAGGCCCAACAGGCUAAACUUUUCUCAUUACUAAACGUUAUCUGGAGUGUGUGACACUUGUAAGUCAUCCUCUAUAGAUUUAGAUUGAGACAGCUAUGAAUCUAAAUAGAAGAAAACCAACUUGAAUAACCAAGAUAAUUUUUCACCUCAAUGUAUUUUUAAUUUCAUUUAGCAGCUCGUAGAUGUGCUGGAAGUUAUUAACUCUACAUAUAUAUUCGAAUAACACAUUAUUUUUACAGUUAUCAAUAAAUGUUCUGAAUAACACAGUCUUUUUUUAAGGUUCAAAAUGUUUCAUGCUGUUUCACAAAACACUAUAGGAACUCCCUGGUUAUAGUUUAUUUUAGAAUCAUGAUCAAUUCCAUGUCAUGUACAGUCAAGCUGAUGUUAGCAGUAGGUAAACCUCCAAACUCAAAUUCUGAAAUUUAAGAGCAGGAUUUCCCUGACAGCUAAAUAUACACUUGUGUUUUACCUCUAUGUUAGGAACCUGUGACAGAAGUUGAAAAUGGUGCUUGUCCUUCUCUAUUCUGACUCUGCUGCAAUGUUUAAUGAAUUUAGAACUAAAUUUACCGGGACUGAAGACUGAGCUAGCUCUCAUUACCCAGGUCUGCAGGUAGGGGAUCAGGUUUGGAUGUGGCAUUCCCUAGACCACAUCUUAAACGUUACUUUAUAUAUUCCCUAUGUAUUUCUUUAUUUAGACAUAUAUUUGGACCAUAUUUUGUUUGCUUUCCCAUGUUAUCUUGAGAGAGGGUUUUUACAGAGCAAAUGAAGUCCUGAACAGAUCAUGUCAGAUUUGUUGCAUAAUAUGUUACAUUAAUGGAGUGCACAGAUUUUGUGUUUUGUAAGGUCCUGAGUCUUAGGAAAACUCUGCUUUUGUAGCCUUGAAUAAAAAAUUCCAGUAAGCAA